CGCCUCGCUAGUCGCCCCGCGCCCGUUCUACAACUGUUGUUUUUCAGCUGAUUAGAAAAUAAAUUAAAAUAUAAUUGCUAUUCCAGUACUGCAGUAUCUAACGUUUGACUUCUGUAGUUAUUUUUUACAAUUAUUUAAAGUAGAACGUUGCAUAUGUAAUCGAGCUGUGCUUAAUAAUUAACCUAUACAAAAAAUAUGGCUGGCAUAUUAAACAUUGUAAAACCCAUUUCACGAAGUACUUACUCAAAACUUGAUACUUGGAGCCGUCCAUUUGUUUCUUCAAAAAAAUUUCAUCAAACUCAAAAUUAUUCAUCCAAAUCAGGAUCUAAUGCAUAUUCAGUAAUUGAUCAUGAGUAUGACGCUGUUGUCGUUGGCGCUGGAGGGGCCGGUCUUCGUGCUGCCUUUGGUUUAGUGCAAGAAGGUUUCAAAACCGCAGUGAUAACAAAACUUUUUCCCACACGAUCUCAUACAGUAGCUGCUCAAGGGGGGAUAAAUGCUGCUUUAGGCAACAUGGAAGACGAUGAUUGGCGUUGGCAUAUGUUUGAUACAGUAAAAGGUUCAGACUGGUUAGGUGAUCAAGAUGCUAUACAUUAUUUAACUAGAGAAGCUCCUGCGGCUGUUAUUGAACUAGAAAAUUAUGGCAUGCCUUUCAGUAGAACUGACGAAGGUAAAAUAUAUCAACGAGCGUUUGGAGGUCAAAGUUUAAAAUUUGGAAAGGGUGGUCAAGCUCAUCGGACUUGUUGUGUAGCUGAUAGAACUGGACAUUCUUUAUUGCAUACACUAUAUGGAUAUUCUUUGAAAUUUAACUGUAAUUAUUUUGUGGAAUAUUUUGCUUUGGAUCUAAUCAUGGACAAUGGACAAUGUGUUGGUGUUAUUGCACUGUGUUUGGAAGACGGCACUAUUCAUCGUUUUAGAGCUAAGAACACUGUUUUAGCUACGGGAGGUUAUGCCAGAGCAUACUUUUCAUGUACAGCCGCCCAUACGUGUACCGGUGACGGUCAAGCUCUAGCUUCCAGAGCUGGAAUUCCUAUGCAAGAUAUGGAAUUUGUACAGUUCCAUCCUACAGGAAUUUACGGCGCUGGUUGUCUAAUGACCGAGGGUUGUCGUGGGGAAGGUGGUUACUUAAUAAAUGGUCUGGGAGAAAGAUUUAUGGAAAAAUACGCACCUAAUGCAAAAGAGUUAGCGUCAAGAGAUGUUGUGUCCCGAUCUAUGACAAUUGAAAUCAUGGAAGGAAGAGGAUGUGGUCCAGAAAAAGAUCAUGUGUACCUCCAGUUGCAUCACUUGCCUGCAGAGCAGUUGCACGCUAGAUUACCGGGUAUAUCUGAAACGGCUAUGAUCUUUGCUGGAGUAGAUGUCACUAAAGAACCUAUUCCUGUACUCCCGACUGUACAUUAUAACAUGGGAGGAAUUCCAACCAAUUAUCGAGGACAGGUCAUCAAUCCCAAAAACAAUGAAGAUAAUGUGGUACCUGGAUUAUAUGCUUGUGGUGAAGCCGCUUGUACUUCUGUGCACGGUGCUAAUCGUCUUGGUGCAAAUUCAUUACUCGAGUUGGUAGUGUUUGGACGAUCGUGUGCUUUAGAUAUAGCCAAAUAUAAUAAACCUGGUGAUAAAAUACCAAAAAUAAGUGAUAAUGCCGGAGAAGAAUCCAUCGCAAAUAUUGAUCACUUACGUUUUAAGAAUGGAACAAUACCGACAGCUGAUUUACGUUUGGACAUGCAAAAAACUAUGCAACUUUAUGCAGCUGUGUUUAGAACUGGUAAAACAUUAGAUGAAGGCAGUGUAAAAAUGCAAGAUAUUUAUUCAAAGCUCAAGGAUAUUAAGAUAAAUGAUAAAACCAUGGUCUGGAAUUCUGAUCUAGUAGAAUCUUUAGAGCUGCAAAAUUUAAUGAUUACAGCCCAACAAACAAUAGUAUCUGCUGCUGCACGAAAAGAAUCUAGAGGCGCACAUGCAAGAGACGAUUUCAAAGACCGCGUUGACGAGUAUGACUAUAAAAAACCAUUAGAUGGUCAAACCAAAGUAAAAAUGGAAGACCAUUGGAGAAAGCAUACGUUAGCACAUAUCAACCCAGAUUCUGGAAAGAUCACAUUGACCUACAGACCGGUAAUUGAUCAUACAUUAGACGACAAAGAAGUACAAACAGUACCCCCUAUGAUCCGAUCCUAUUAAGUGCAAAAUUAUUCGACUAAAGCUCAUACGUCUAGUCUAUUUACAUCAAUAAAAAAAAAACAGCUCAAAAUAACAGACAUUUAUUAAAAAAAAAAACAAAUUAAGAA